ACAUCCCGUACGUCACCGUGCUGCAUUCACGAGAGCACCCAACUGUAGGAUUCCGCAAAAAAAACCCCAAAAAGACCCCCAAAAACGCGUAGUUUGGAGGAUCCGCUCCCUCAGCAGACCGUUGCGAUACGAUGUAACAAGCACCAGACUCCGAGCAGGUCAAGCACUCGAAUAACGUCUUCCAUGAAGAUUGUCUCUGGGGCAGAUUGGUGCUACCAGUCCCAAGUUACAUGCAAUCACACCUGCACAGGUCCAGACGCAUGGGGAGUGGUUUCUCAGCACUGCAGCGGUAGAUCUCAGUCUCCUGUUAACAUUGUUACGAGGAGAAUACUGCCAGAUGAACGUCUCACUCCUUUUCACUUCGUUGGCUAUCAAGAGACUUUUCAUGGUCGCCUCACAAACAUCGGUCACACUGUUCAACUGGAUUUGCCUUCCAAUAUAACGAUCAAGGGAGGAAAUCUGGCUGCAUCGUAUAAGGCAGUUCAACUUCACCUGCAUUGGGGCAAAGACGGAGGGCCGGGGUCUGAACACACGAUUGAUGGAGAAAAAUUUUCAAUGGAGAUGCACAUUGUUCACAUAAAAGAGCAAUACAACUCCUUAUCCCAGGCUGUCAGAGACCGCACAGGUGUGGCUGUUCUUGGAUUUCUCUUUCAGGAGUCUGCGUCGGCAAAUAAGAAGUUUGAUCCCCUUUUAAAUGCUCUGAAAUACAUUCCACAACCCACCAACAGCACCACACUGAGGGGUGUGUCCCUGAACAUGUUCAUUCCUCAUCAGAGCAACAUGACCAAGUACUUUCGCUAUGAUGGCUCCCUCACGACACCGAACUGUGACGAAGCCGUCGUCUGGAGCCUGUUUGAAAACGCUAUUCCCCUCAGCCGGAAACAACUCACUGCAUUCUCCCAGAUUCGGUUUUCCAAUGGAGAGCCAAUGGUCCGAACCUACAGGCCAGUGCAGCCCUUGAAUGGGAGGCAGGUGUACUACUCCGGGGGCCACGUUGCUCUGGUCAGCACCGCGUUGCUCAUCACGUCAAUGCUUGUGUCCAGUGCACUCUCCCUGCACACUACGGCAUGAGAGCUCCGUUUAAUUUACUCAACCUUUAUGAAUAAAUAGCUCCACUGACAAUUGGUAAAUACAAGAAAUGUAAUGUACUGUAUAUUUAAUAGUAAAUGAUGUAUGUGUGAAUCUGCCGUAUGCACUGUGUGCGAUUUUAAGUCGAGGUACAAAUUGUCAUAAGCAUUUUCUUUCUUUGUUCUAUACAUGAUUUCUAAUAUAAAUAGUGUAUUUAAGUUGUAGAUUUAGCACCUUAACGCCUCAUAAAUUAUGUCUUUGUCAAUGUUUGCAACAAGCUACACUGAAGUUCACUGAUAAUAUUGAUGAAUUGCCCUCACUGCGUUUGAUUGCAAAGUUACCAUGUAGCAUGACCCAGUGCAAUUUAACAGAGUAGGCAACUAAUUGCUGAUACCGUUAUACUGUCUCCUGUGAUAUGCUAUCACAGUACAUUUGGUUGUGAUACUGAAGUGUGUCUUUCCUGUGCCGCCGACAUUUGAACUCUGAACCGUGGUUUUUCUUCUUCUCGCAGCACACCUCUGGCCAGUUAAUCAUCUGAAUAACUGUACACAUGUUCAUGCUGGCGCGUUAA